CGAACGCCCUCAUCGGGGGAUGCCGCCACACCCUGCCUUCUUCCUCGUCGUUUGCGCGAAGUGAGCGCUAGGAUUGCUGAGCUGGAACGCACUCGCUUAGCUGAGGAGGCUCAACGACAACGCAGUACCUCGACCGCAGAUGCAUCCGUUCUCGACCUCAUCAUCCGUGAUCCGUUCGACGAGUUUGGAGGUCAGGGUGAAGCGGACGCGAAUGCUACUGAACCCCGCGCUGUUGAUCCUCGCGAACAUGGCAUUCUAUUUUCAUCUUCCAGUGGUUUUGGUGCUUCCUACGCUUCCGAAACCGUGCCUGUCACCUUAGACGUUGCGGCUAAUCAAGACACCUCUCAACCUAGCCUCAUUCCCAAAAUGCAUGUUAGUUUAACGGAAGAAAUCAGAGUAUUACGAGAUUCUGGUGAAGAGUUCGUCAAUCUUGCUACACGUUUCCAUCGACCCGUCCUGUGUGACUACAUUGAAAUGGCUCAGCUCUGCUCCUCGUCACCCGGUCUGGCUGAUGCUGUAGCCGAGCAGUCGGAAGCCCAAAACAUGCUCGCUCGGCUUGAUAGACUGACCCACCUAUUCGCUGAUGCCAUCGUCUUCGAGGAGGCCCCGGAUGGUAGGACAUGA